UGCGCGGCCCCGCGCCAUGUUCCGGCGGCCCCGGCGCAACUUCCGCGCCCGGCCGCGCGCGGCCUGCGGCGGCGGCAGCGGCGAGGAGGAGGAGGAAGAAGAGCAAGAGCAAGAGGAGCCGGUCCCGCCGCCUGCCCGCGGGGAUGGCUCCGGCUCCGAGCGAGAAGCGGAGCCUGAAGGAAGCGAGGGGCGCCCCGCCGCCUCUCCGGAGGGGAGCCGGGCCGCCGCGCAGGGAGCGCUGCCCGCGGAGGAGCGGGGAGAGGCGGGAACGGGCCGAGGGCCGCGCCUGGCCGGAGCCGGGAGGCCGGCGGGAAAGGGGCUGCUGAGCUUCGGCAGUGAGGAGGAGCGGGAAGGGGACGAGGAGUCUUUUCAAAUUAAAAAACCGUCCUUCAAGGAAGUGGUCUUUAGGAGUCAGAAGAAGGAAAGCCGGCUGCCUGCAGAGACAGAAACCGAAGAAAGCAAAAAAAUCUGUCAGUUGGAGCCUGGAACUGGCAACGCCAAAGGCAUUUGUGAAGAAGAGGAAGAGGAGAAUGCACCUUCUUCUUCACUAAGUGAGGACUACAACAGUUCAGACUCUGAAAAUGAAUCCAAGUCUCCACAGAGGAGGAAGGAUUUAUCACCAAGUAAUACCCCCAGUGCAGCUUGUAUAGAGGCUGCUCGGAGGAAACGUCACUUGGCCAGGACACAGGCUGAUUAUCUUCCACUGGAUGUUUCAAAGAGUCAUCAGGUCUCUCAAAGAAGAGAAAGCAGUGAUUUAGAGAGUGAAGAUGAGUUUGAUAUGAAGAAUCUCAGUUUUGCUCCUCAGAUGAAAACUCUUAGGCAGAGGAUGACUGAACACAUGGUGUCUAUGAGAGAUGAAUCAAGUGAAGAUGAAGCACAAAUUGACUGGGAAGAACAGCAAAUAAAGAAAGCCAUUAAACUCUCUCAGGAAACUUAUGAUGAUGAUUCCCUGCAUACAUUUCAACCAGCUAAACCAAAGUUUGAUCCCUCUGUUUCUCUUCCACCUGUGAACUUGGAAAUAGUGAAGAAGCGACUGACUGAAAGGAUAACAUCACUGCAGGAUGUGCACCGUGCCCACCAGAGGGAGUAUGAAAAAUACAUGGAGGACAUUGAAAGUUCAAAGAUGACUGUGCAGGAGUUAGAGAAGUCUUCAGAUGCAGCUCUAAAUUACAAAUUCUACAGAGCCAUGAAAACAUAUGUAGAAAACUUGAUCAACUGUUUGAAUGAAAAACUGAAAUACAUUAAUGAGCGAGAGUUGACUGUACAUGUACUUCUUCAACAACAAGCCAUGACUCUAUUGAAACGAAGGCAAGAUGAGCUGAAAAACGAAUCUGCUUACAUUCAGCAUCUCACAAGUGGGAAUGGCAAAGCAACUAAUGGUGGUUUGGAAGGGGAUGAGAAGGCAGAGCUUCUGGAAAUGUGUGAACAUCGAAGGACUUGCAGACGACAAGUGAGAGAGUGUUCAGGAGGAGGUGACCACCACGAGGGCAUGUCAAGUGAUGAUGAGCUGACUCCAGCAGAGGUGACCCAGUUCCAGAAGAGCAAAGAUAACAUUUUAGAGGAUAGUAGGAAAAUCUUUGAAGAUGUACAUACAGAUUUUUGUGACAUCAGAAAAAUCCUGUUGAAAUUCCAGGAAUGGAAGGAGAAGUUUCCUGAAUCUUACUGUGAUGCUUAUAUCAGUUUCUGCCUGCCUAAGCUAUUAAAUCCAUUGAUCAGAUUUCACUUAUUAAAUUGGAAUCCUCUUGAGAAUUUUACAGAUUUGGAAGAGAUGCCCUGGUUCAGAGCUAUAGAAGAAUUCAGUGAUGCCAAAAACUUACCUGGAUCAAAAAGGGAUGAUGAUCCUGAUCAAGAAGUUUUGCGUAGAGUGAUUGAAAAAACUAUUCUUCCCAAAAUUACAGCAUUUGUAAAGAAUGUGUGGGAUCCUUUAUCUGCUUCACAGACAAAGAACCUUGUACAGCUUUGCAAUAACAUCUUUGAAAAACAAGCCCUUUCCAAAAAUGAAUGCAGUCGAGCAAAAGAGGAUUUGAUCAACAUGGUUGUCCUAAGAAUGAAGAAAUCUGUUGAGGAAGACGUGUUUAUUCCUCUCUAUCCUAAAAGUACUGUGGAAGACAAAUCAUCACUAUGUUCAAAAUUUCAAGAACGGCGGUUUUGGUCAGCUGUUAAGCUGCUCUCCAAUGUUGUUCUUUGGGAUGGGAUUGUACAGGAAGAUACAGUCCGUGAUUUGGGACUGAAGAAGCUGCUGAACCGUUACCUUCUUCUGAACAUCUUAAACACACCACCAGGGCAGGAUAAUAUAGAGAAGUGUAGUAAGGUGGUUUCGUGUCUCCCAGAGAGAUGGUUCCAAGAUCUUAAAAGUGGAUCAACUCUCCCUGAGUUACUCAACUUCUGCCAGCACUUGCUGCAAUGUGCCCGUGUGCUACACAAGAAUAACCACAGUAAUGAAGCAGAAGAAGUCCUUCUCCUUCUAGUGAAAGUCAAAGCUCUGGAUAUUGUUGAAGGCUUCAUAGAAGAGUACAAACUUGAGCAUCUGAAAUCAAUGAUCAGGAAGUAGAAAUUUUGGAAGCAACGUUUACAUUACUGAGACAAGCCUGAUGUUCACACUAAACCAGUUCCAAUAUGCAAUGUAAAUUAAUGGCUCCUGCCUGCUCAAAAAGAUGGUUGGUGGUAACUGUUUUUGUCUUUGUAAAUACUUGAUGUUUUUUUUCCAAAUGUUUUCCACUGCCAUCUACUCCUAGGUUAGAGUCUUUUCAGAAGUUACAGUUGUUGAAGCAAAGUGAUGGUUCAGGCAUUCUAAAAUGCAUGACAAUGCUUUAUUGCUUCACCCUUUUUGGAAGGAUUCCUGGAAGGAUAGAAAGUGCCUGUGAAGUUUGUCGCUGCCAGCCAGUAGGUCGCUCUACAAGCUCUUCUCUGUAUUAAUUGCUUGAUGCCACUCUCUGACUGAGCAGUCAUUCAGCUCUUGUAACUGGUGCCACACUGUUUUUUGGUGGGGUUAUGGUUGUAUUCAUCCCUAGGGAAGCAGAAUUCAUCAUGUUGCAGGGGUUUUGGUCCUGGUCCUAAACCAGGGGACAUCAGUGUGCACGUGAGGAGUUUGACUGAGGAAUGUUUAUGGUAAACGUGGGUACAGUGGGGUAAGAGCUACCCAAGAGAACAGCUAGGGAAGAGUGUGAAGUCAGUGUCUGACCUUGUGUGGCCUUUGUGCUUGGGCGACACAGACUGAACUUGUGUGCAGAGCUGGAGGUGUGACAUCUUGCUUUAUAAAGCUUUUAAUAAGAUAUGUCGAUGAGAAGGACAAGAACAACUUCAGUUACUUUUCAGUAACAAACUGUGCAACUCCUUUUGCUUCCCAGCAAGAUUUACUGAACCUUUCUAGUUUUUUUGUUUCUAUUUCUAAUGUUUUGUAACUUUGUGUAUCUGCAACAGUCUUACAGAAUAACAAAGAUGCUUUUUUCUGGAAACUGUAGGGCAUCACAGACCACUGUGUUUACUUAGGACUGUAUUUCUCCAAAAUCUUCUGGGACUAGAAUUUAACUCUUGAAUAUGUAAUCCUUAUUUCUUUUAUAUUUUUAAAGUUAAAAAUAUAUUUUUGUAAAAUAUUUUAAUUCUAAAUAGCUAAUAGUGUUACAGACAAAAUAUUACUUUUUUUAAAAAAAAAAUUAAAAAUAAAAAUAUUUUGCUGUGUCAA